UUGUGUCACAAAGUUGGACGUACAAUUUCCACUUGAAAAGAAAACAAAACCGAAAAGAUGGAAGAUUUAAAGAUCAAUGAAACAAUACAAAAGGUUGGAGAAAAGUAUAGAUCGUUCCUCCAUGAAGAAGCUAAAAACACCCAUUGGAGACAUGGUGCUCCUCCUACCUAUGAUGCUGUUAACCAACUUUUUGAAGAAGGUCGAACCAAGGUAUGGGAAAAGGGAUCACUAGAAGAAACUGUUCAAAACGCAAUAAAGUCAUGGGAGAUGGAGCUUAGCCACAAGAUUCGGAUAAAAGAUUUUAAGACCAUUAAUCCUGAUAAGUUCAAGCUUAUUGUCAAUGGGAGGGAGGGAUUGUCUGCGGAGGAAACACUGAAGGUGGGAAGUUACAAUGCAUUGCUGAAGAGUACACUUCCAGAAGAGUACAAGUACUACAAAGCAGAAGAAGAAACCUUCGAAUCCUCUCACGACGUUUUCCGAUCGGCGUUUCCUCGGGGAUUUGCGUGGGAGGUGAUCAGCGUUCAUUCCGGACCUCCGGUGAUAUCGUACAAAUUCCGGCACUGGGGUUACUUCGAAGGUCCGUUCAAAGGCCAUAAACCUACCGGCGAAAUGGUUGAUUUCUACGGCAUGGGCAUCCUCAAGGUUGAUGGAUCGUUGAGAGCAGAAGAUGUUGAGAUCUAUUACGAUCCGGCAGAUCUUAUCUCGAAGCUGCUUAAGGGGGAGUUGAUAUCUCAGGAGGAAAGCCCCGCCGCGGAUGCUCCUCCGGCGAACACCGGUAACUGCCCAUUCGAGAAGCAAGUAUGAUCCAUUGAGAUCUGUUCAUUCAAUCUCCAUCUGUUAAUGUCUGUGAUCUUCUAGUGUGCGUCUUUAAUUUUAGUAUUGGCCGAUUGAGAAUCAAACUUGAAAGAGUUCGAUCAAAUGAUUCCAAUCUGUGUGUGAAGAUAAUAACCAAAUCACCAUGCAUUUGUGUAUCUUGUAACUUUUUUUAAUGAAUCAAAUGUGCUCAAAGUUAUGUUUUA